AUGGAAAACUUGCGGAUUCUCCAGAGCGAAGGGCGCAUACCCGCAAAUGACACAUUGGAACCACCUACUCUCUCUACUCGUGGUGCCAAAGAGCAGUUCGAUGUCAGACAGCUAUCCGGUUCGGGUUGCAAGCCCUACACUCUCAUAUAUGCCAGGGGUACCUUCGAGCCUGGAGCUUUUGGUAUUAGUGUGGGUCCACAGCUAACGCACGGAAUUUCGUUGAAGAUGCCAGGACAGUGGAAAGGGGUUGGUGUGGAAAAGGGUUAUGAUGCAGACUUGGCAGGCAACGCCUGUGGUGGUAUUCCCGGCGGCAUUGCCUUGAUGCGAUAUCUCGAAGCUGAGGUGCAGAAAUGUCCCCAGACCAAGAUCAUGGUCGCUGGUUAUUCUCAAGGUGCCAUGGCUGUUCAUAAUGGAUUGGCAUACUCCCGCCCAGAAGCGAAAGCCAAUGUCAUUGGUGCUGUUGUGUAUGGUGAUCCAAUGAAGGGAGCUCGGAUUAUUGGUUUCCCUUCGGAGAAACUGCAAACCUACUGCGCUGCUGACGACCCUGUGUGCGAGGGAUAUGCCGCUAUCACACUUACACAUUUCUCGUACCUUGUUGGCUCUCCGUCGGAUGUCCAGAGAGGGGUCGAUUGGAUUGUCGCCGCUGCUAAGGAGGCGAAAUAG